UGAAAAUGGACAAACAUUUUUUUACAAUAAUAACACUAAUUCUAAAUUCACAAAUACUUUGUAAUGGUCAAGUUUUGCUGUUCGGAUCGUGUGCUCAUGUAGAAACUAUGAAAUACUUCGAAUUAGAGAGAUUUCUAGGAAAGUGGAACGUGGUUGAGAGAUUUCCGGUAUGGUAUGAGGAAAAUGGGAACUGCGCGUACAAAAUCAUCCAGCAAUGCGGUCGGAGAAUCGAAUUCCAACAUGGUUACGUUAAAAAUGGCGUUAAGUACAUAUUGCACGUGAACAGCACCUAUGCACCUGGAGAUGAAGCUAUUUUCUCCAUAGAGGAGAACAAUAUCGAUCCAAUUGGAAUCCCCUUGUCUAUAAUAACAACGGAUUAUUCAAACUAUGCGAUCGUGUAUGGAUGCAAAGUGAAUGAUACAUUAGACCUCAAAUAUGUUGUAGCCUGGAUUUUAUCAAGGAGUACAACACUAGGACCCGAACUAACAGAAAGAGCGCAUCAAGAACUGAAUUCCUUACCGUUUGGCAGCGUUGCGUAUUUAGAAAAGGUGGACCAAAAUGAUUGCAGCUACCACUGGUCCGCACACGUUCACGCUGUUUAUAAUAACGACACAAAUAAAAACAAAUGA